AUGCGAGAGGUCGGCAAAAGCGGGGUGCGAUGCCUGGGCCAGCUGGAUCUGAGUGCAGAUGCCCAGCUUCAUAUCGAGGCCGCGCCGACUCCGCUUCAGCACGGCCAAGUCGGCGUCCUCGUUUCCGACGGUACUGUAGUCUGCCAGCAGAGCAGCGGUACUCUCUCCCACCUGCGGCUGCACUCGCAUGAUAUGAGCAGCCAAGCUCAUGUCAUGGAUACUUUCGAGCGACAGAAAGGCUGCUUCCUUCAGGCCUUGGCGUUGAAUCGCUUCGCCUUGGCUUUCAAGAUCGGACUGGCCUUGAACUCGCGAGACCUGUGGCUGGCUUUGGGCAGAAGGAGCCUGGAGUGCCUGGACAUCGCCUGGGCAAAGAAGGCAUACAGACAAGCGCCUGCUCCUGGCAUGGUGAUGUACUUGGAUAAAAUCCAGACUGUCGAGGACAAGCUCCUCUUGAGCGGUCAUGUGUCUGCCCUCUUCGGGAACUUCGCGAAGGCGAGAGAGUACUUCCUGCAGAGUUGCAGUCCAGAGACUGCGUUGGACAUGCACUGCGACUUUCUUGAAUGGGAUCAGGCAUUGCAAUUGGCGCAAACGUACGCUCCGCACCGCUUGAGCGACAUUUACCUGAAGAGCGCGUCGCAACUGGAAGGCCGCAACCAGAACGAGCAGGCAUUGAGCCAUUAUGAAAUGGCGAUGCGGGACCACAUACCGGGCACCCGGCCGGAGCACGAAUCACAGUGCAAGGCCGGUAUUGCGCGCACCUCGGUGAAGAUGGGUGACCUGCCGCGGGGCAUGCAGAUGGCCCUCGACCUCAAUGACCCAACUGUUUGCCGCGACUGUGCUGCUGUGCUGCACAAGAUGAAGCAGUAUGUCGAGGCUGCCCAGCUAUACGAGGCUGCAGGCUCUUACGACCAAGCAGCAUCACUGUAUAUCUUGGACUUGAACUUUGACGCCGCUGCGCCGCUCAUGGCCAAGAUUUCCACGCCAAAGCUGCACCUGCAGUUCGCGAAGGCCAAGGAGUCUCGUGGUGCAUAUCAAGAUGCUUUGGUGGCGUACGAGCGAGCUCGAGAUCUGGACAGCAUGGUUCGAAUCUGCCUGGACAAUCUGAACCAGCCCCAGAAGGCUUUCCAGCUUGUACGCGAGACGAAGCUGGCUACAGGGGCCGAGCGCGUGGCGGAGUAUUGCAGAAAGAAUGGCAACAUCUCUGGUGCAGUGGAGUUUCUGCUCCUGGCCAAAAACACAGAUGAGGCCUUCCUUCUGGCAGAGCGGCAGGAUGAGAUGGCGACCUUCGAAGCCGGCCUCGGCGAUCAUGGCACGCAACAGCAGCACCGUGCAAUCGCGAAGUACUACGAGCAGCGCAACCUUUUGGCCAAUGCUGCCAAGCACUACGCGCUUUGCGAGGAGUACCCGACCGCUCUGCGGUUAUACUUGAAGGUUGGAGAGAAGGAGAUUGACCACGCCAUUGAGGUGGUUGGCAAGGCGAGGAAUGAUUCCUUGACUCACACGCUGAUUGACUAUCUCAUGGGCGAGACAGACAAUGUGCCAAAGGAUGCCAACUAUGUGUACAGACUGCACAAGGCUCUCGGAAACUACAUGCAGGCUGCCGGCACGGCCCACAUAAUUGCCAAGCAAGAGCAAGAGAUGGGCAAUUACAAGCAGGCUCACCAGCUCCUUUUCCGCACCUACCAGGACCUCAAGAGCCAGAAGCUUGCACUGCCCCAGGAACUGUGGCGCAGGCUCAUGCUCCUCCACUCGUACGUCAUCGUGAAGCGGUUGGUCAAGGCCGCGGAUCACCACAGCGCCGCUAUCAUGUUGGUGCGUGUUGCGAAGAACAUUCAGCAGUUCCCAGCGCACAUCGUGCCAAUCCUGACUUCCGUGGUGAUCGAAUGCCAGCGUGCGAAGAUGCCUGGCGAGUCCUACCAGUACGCCUGCACCCUGAUGAAGCCUGAAUACCGGAAAGAUGUCUCCGAGCAGUACAAGAAGAAGAUCGAGAACAUUGUCCGAAAGCCACCUCCCGAGGUUGAUCAAAGAGACGCACUCGAGGCGAGCCUGCCCUGCAUGUACUGCGGCUUCAACUUUGCGGAGUCACAGCUCGAUUGCUUAAACUGCAAGAACAUCUCUCCCUUUUGCAUCGCUAGCGGCAUGCGCAUGCUGAAAGAGGACUGGUCAAAUUGCCCGGCAUGCAAUUUUCCUGCCAGGUAUUCAGUCUUCUCUGCAAUGCUGCAGGCGAACGAGCAGUGUCCGAUGUGUGAUGCUGUCGUGAAGCCUGAAGAACUUGUGCUGGUGUCUGACCCAACGCAGCAGAUCGGCUACUACAAGUCUCUGUUUCAGGCCUCCGAGUCUGAGAGCGCACCGGCACCACCGCCGCCCCCGCCUCCGCCAGCAUGA